CAGCGUACACGUUACUGCGAUAAAGAAGGCUGGUUAUACACGCAAUCUUUGAUUAUUAUCUCACCCUUUAAAUACGUCCCUUCCCUUCUUAACCUAACCACAUUUUCUCCCAAUCUUCAUCUUCAUCGCCAUCUUCAGCAUUUCUUCUCGAUUCUUCAAGAUGCAGAUAUUUGUGAAAACACUUACUGGUAAGACAAUUACUCUGGAAGUUGAGAGCUCCGAUACCAUCGAUAAUGUUAAAGCCAAGAUUCAGGAUAAGGAAGGGAUUCCUCCUGAUCAGCAGAGGCUGAUCUUCGCUGGAAAGCAGCUUGAGGACGGUCGAACCCUGGCUGAUUACAACAUUCAAAAGGAAUCCACCCUUCAUUUGGUUCUACGACUUAGAGGUGGCAUGCAGAUAUUUGUGAAAACGCUCACCGGCAAGACAAUUACCUUGGAAGUUGAGAGCUCAGACACCAUCGAUAAUGUUAAAGCCAAGAUUCAGGAUAAGGAAGGGAUCCCUCCGGAUCAGCAGAGGCUAAUCUUUGCUGGAAAACAGCUUGAGGAUGGUCGAACUCUUGCCGAUUACAACAUACAGAAGGAAUCAACACUCCAUCUUGUUCUUCGUCUUCGAGGUGGCAUGCAGAUCUUUGUCAAAACUCUAACGGGAAAGACAAUCACCCUGGAAGUGGAGAGCUCUGACACCAUCGAUAAUGUGAAAGCCAAGAUUCAGGACAAGGAAGGCAUCCCUCCUGAUCAGCAAAGACUAAUCUUCGCUGGUAAACAACUUGAGGAUGGGCGAACUCUUGCUGAUUACAACAUCCAAAAGGAAUCCACCCUUCACUUAGUUCUCCGUCUCAGAGGUGGCAUGCAGAUCUUUGUCAAAACCCUAACUGGAAAGACAAUCACCCUGGAAGUGGAGAGCUCUGACACCAUUGAUAAUGUAAAGGCCAAGAUCCAGGAUAAGGAGGGCAUCCCCCCUGAUCAACAGAGAUUGAUCUUUGCUGGGAAGCAGCUUGAGGAUGGAAGAACCCUUGCAGAUUACAACAUACAGAAGGAAUCAACCCUCCACCUUGUUCUACGUCUGAGAGGUGGUAUGCAGAUUUUUGUUAAGACCCUAACUGGCAAAACGAUCACACUUGAAGUGGAAAGCUCUGAUACAAUUGACAAUGUAAAGGCCAAGAUUCAGGAUAAGGAGGGCAUCCCCCCUGAUCAACAAAGAUUGAUCUUUGCUGGGAAGCAGCUUGAGGAUGGCAGAACACUAGCAGAUUACAACAUACAGAAAGAAUCAACCCUCCACCUUGUUCUUCGUCUGAGAGGUGGUAUGCAGAUUUUUGUGAAGACCCUAACUGGCAAAACCAUCACCCUUGAAGUGGAAAGCUCUGAUACAAUUGACAAUGUGAAGGCCAAGAUUCAGGAUAAGGAAGGAAUUCCACCUGAUCAGCAGAGAUUAAUCUUUGCCGGGAAGCAGCUUGAGGAUGGUAGAACCCUAGCAGAUUAUAACAUCCAGAAAGAAUCAACCCUUCACCUGGUCCUUCGGCUUAGGGGAGGAAUGCAAAUCUUUGUGAAGACAUUGACUGGUAAGACAAUCACAUUGGAAGUGGAGAGUUCGGAUACAAUAGACAAUGUGAAGGCUAAGAUUCAAGAUAAGGAAGGGAUUCCUCCGGAUCAGCAGAGAUUGAUCUUUGCUGGGAAGCAAUUGGAAGAUGGAAGGACCCUGGCUGACUAUAAUAUCCAGAAGGAGUCCACUCUUCACCUUGUUCUUCGCCUUCGAGGUGGGUUCUAAUUGAUGGUGUCUUAUUAAUAUUGGGCUAUGAAAAACUGUCUCUUUUUUCUUCUUUCUUUUGGUUAUGUGAACAAUUUGGGUCUUAUGUCUUAUGUUUGUUAAUAAACUUGAAUGUGUUGGGUAUUUCCUUUUGUUUUGUUUGAGACAAACUAUGGAAGUCAUCUUCUUUUCUCU